GCCACCAUCUUGCUCGCGCUACAGCUGCCGCAGUACACCAGGAUCACCGCUGACCACAUCGACAUGAGCCUGGUCUCUCAUCUCGACCUCAUGGCCGCCCAUCUCCUGCGCGGACAGGCUCGUGGGCGGCGACACCGUUCAGUUCGGGCUCGAAUGAGACUAUAUCAUGCUCGAGUCGUCAAGCUCGUCGCCGACAGUAGCACCUUCGGCGCUUUCUUGGCCAGUCUCCUACUCGGCAGCAUCCGCCACGUCGCUGUCUCGACCUCCCGCGACGCCUCUGUAGCGCCGGUUGGCCAUGGCCAGUUCAUCUGCGAACCUCUAUUUCAUGUCCAGACGCUCGCCGUUCAAAACUGCGAUCUUGCGUGGCUCGGUACGGUGCUCUUGGACGAGUCCAGCCCGUUGCCGGAUCUAUACAUCCUGGAGCUCGUGGCCUACAGCUUCCCGUCCGUGUGCGAACCGUGCGGGGACUGUGUACACACGCUGGUAUCUAUCAAAGUAAGCACGCGUAUUACUUCACUACGGGGUCUUCGGAUUUUCAACAUCACACCCAGCAUGGUACAAAAAUUAGAGUAGAUAUAUCGCUUGUAUCCAACAACUUCAGUUUUAAUACUAUAUAGGGGUUGACUAGGACUAUU